AUGACAAGCCAAGCUGCUUUGGCAGCCGCGCUGGCGGUGCAGGAGUCACUGCGGCGUGCAGCCGAAAGCUGCGAGCUGGUUCUGCAACAUGAGGCAACUCUUGGCCAAGAGAUCGCGGAGCUUCAGGUCCCUGCCAUCGGUUCCAGCGUGCUCUCUGCCUGCCACGAGCUUGCCGGGUCUGUGAGGCAUGGUACCGAAGCCGAGGUGCGGUUGCUAUCGGGCUAUGUGCCUUUCCUGGAGUCGACAGGUUACGUGUGGCUGGACUUUGGCAUCGCCAGCACCUUCCUAGUCGUGCUCGCCAUCCUUUGGGAAUGUCUUUUCCUGCGGAGCACACUGCGCUGCUGCCGGAAGGGGAUCGACCUCAGCGCGAUCCGCAAAAAAGUUCAGGAGGAAGGGGGACGGCUGGAAGUCGCCGGGUGGAACCACGGCACAAUGGAAGCCGAUGAGAGCGACAGCGAUGAGGAAGGCACCGAGACGAAGGCCGCCUUUUGGGCCGGUUUGGCGGAAGAAGACGGCAAGCAGCGAUUCGACCCCUACCAAGAGGAGACGACUCCCACCUGCGAGGUGGGGUUCGAGCAUCUGAACUUUGCCGGCAAAGCUUCGGGAGGUCAAGCCGAAGUCUCUUUGUACCGUCGGGGCGACACAUCCGAGCUCGUCUCCGUGCGGCUGCGGCCAUGUGAGUCGCCAGAGGAGUCCGCCGAUUGCGUUGCCUGCAAUGACAAGGAUUUCGUGUUGGACGACACUGUCGUUGAGUUCCAGCCCAACGACACAACUGCCUCAUUGUCCAUACCGUUGCACCUCCAGGCAAAGUACAGAGCCACCCAGUAUUUCGAGGUGGAACUCGUGGAGGUGGUUUCCGGACGAGCUGCUUUGGGUGGCCCAACAAUUGGUCUUGAAACGGAGCAUCGCAAGGCUCGAGUCUAUAUCUUCAACGACUACGCCUUCCCGUGCAACGUCCCCAAAGAGAGAAGGGAGUCCAAGUUCUGGAUCACCUGGUACUACCUGCAGGAGCGCCGGUUGUCGAGAGGUCUGCGAUGGUGGAAGACCUUGGCGGGCCUCUUGUAUCAGCCGAUCCACAGCGUUUGCGUCAUGGCGUUGGUCCAAAAGGAGGCCCUAGACCGGGUAUCUGAUCCAGACGCUCCUGGAGACAAGCUGCUGGAGAUUGCCAUGCUCGGCGUGGUAUCGUUCCUGUCCUUGGCGUUGCUCCGCUGGGGGGACAAGGUGGCGACCGAGAAUCGUGGUCGUACCGGCGGCACUCGCAUGGUGCACCGACGACAGCUUUUCGCGAAGCUCCUGAUGCUGGAUGCCGAGGAGCUUUCUAAGGUUGAUGGCCACUGGUGGUUCUACGUGGGAGUCAACAACACGGAUGUUAUGGCCAAGGAUGCUUAUUACCAAGGAUUCGUGGUUCUCCAGAGUGGCUUCGGGCUCCUCUUGUCUAUCGCCAUGAUCUGCUAUGCGCAGCUAAGCAAGCUGGCAGAGGAAGAAGUGGGUGAUGAAUUGGUCAAUCUCAUCAUGCCGACAGUGGCCCUGGUGGCCACGAUGUUCCUCUGCGCCUUUGCCGUUCUUCGGCUGCCCAGGCUUGGGAAACUCCUCGUGCAGCGAAUGCAGGGUGAGGCGGCCUGGGUGGACACCUUGUCCUGGCUUUGCCACGCAGGGGCCUCCAUGCGGAGCCUUGCUACGCGCACUCAUUCUAAGCUGGACAUGCGCUUCACCGCGGAAAGCCGGUUCUUCCAAACCUUCCACAUCAAAGCGCGUGACUGGAGCAACGACACCAUCUGGUUCACCAAGUGGAUCACACACCUUAUACGCGUCCUCAUCCUGAUCUUGGGUACAGCGGCGCUGCUGAAGAGUCGACGGGCAGGUUCAGACGUCUUCCAAUCUGGCGACUUCGUAUUCCAGCUGAAAGUCUUCGCUAGCUGCGGCAAGUACCUGGAGAAGGUCAUCUCCUCGCUGAUCAAGAUGUUCUCGGCGAGUGUAGGGCUGCAGCAGUUCGCAACUUUGGUGAACCUCCCCGAGAAGUCCGCCGUAAAGUCCAGCGAGUCGCAUGUUGUCCAUGCUCACGGGUCCAACGAGAUUCGGUUUGUGAAGGAUGAUUCUGCUGGAAUGAAUCUCAAGCGAAAUAAAUCGAGGAUGCUGAAACGAAGCUUUUCGAUUCCGCUCGGCGGCGCCGUUCGCGUCACGAGCACCAAGGAGAGAGAGCUCGUCAACUUCUUCUCACAGGUCGGCGAGCUGACGAUGGUCCCUUUUGGUCGGCUGUAUCGGCCUGAGGGCAUCCGGGUUGGCUACGUGCCUGCUGUGGCAUUGCGACCUCCGCAUACCAAGGUCGCCGAGGAGAUCGAAGACGGCUGCCCCAUCGACUUGGCAGAUGGUGAGUCCGAGAGAUUAGUCCAACUGUUGGAAAUCACCCCGACGAAGAGGAUGCAGGACCUCCGGCCCGGAGAGGCCCAGUUGGUGGCGAUUCUUUUGGCGGUUUUCCGCGACCCGGAUGUGCUCGUUUUGAACAGGCCCUGCGCCUUGUUGACCGACUCGCAGCACCGGAAGGUCUGGACUAUCCUGGAUUUGUGGCAGAUGGGCGGUGCGGCGAAAGUCUUGGGAAGCCUGGGUUUCGCGGCGGACUUGCCCUCAAGGUCCGGCGCGCCUCGUCGCAAGCGGACCGUGAUAACUUCACAGCAGGACUUGGCGCUGGAUCCAACUUUGAGUUGCUCGGUCUACGAUUUGGACUUAGACACUGGCAAAGGUGUGUUCGUCCCACGUAGCCAGACGAGAACAUCGUUUUAG